AUGCAUUACAUUCAUACAUUGCAUCAACAUCAUAAAAAGCAAACUCUUAGUUACCUCUUAUUUGUUUCAGGAAUUGAGAACUUGAAAAUGACAACUUCAGUGAGACACACUUUCACGCUUAAGUACAAGGAACCUAAGUUGGAUAGUCUGAAGGGUUUGAUCUCUGAUUUGUCUCUCAGCAGACGUGAUGAGUUUGGAAAAAGCUAUGGGAAAAUUUUGAGCCUUCUAAAUAAGAAAGUUGACUAUGGAGUUAUCGGCUCUCUGGCACAAUAUUAUGAUCCACCUCUGUGUUGUUUCACAUUCGCUGAUUUCCAACUAGCUCCUACUUUGGAAGAAGUUGAGAGGAUCGUAGGACUCAAGUUGAAAGAUUUUAAUCCGUUUCCAAAGCUCGAAGAAGAUAUGGGCCCAAAGAAGAUAGCUUCGGCCCUAAGUAUCAAUGUCCCGACUGUUCGAGACAAUUGGGCUGAAAAAGGGGGUUGCAAAGGUUUUGCCGCGAUGUUUUUGGAGGAUUUAGCUCUAAAGUUCAAGAAAAGUGGAAACUGGAAUGCAUUCUAUGCUGUGGUGGCUUUAUUGAUUCAUGGGAUUGUGUUAUUCCCAAAUGUUGAAAAAUUUGUGGAUCAAGUGGCCAUAGAAGUCUUUCUCUCUGGCAAUCCAGUACCAUUUCUCUUAGCUGAUAUUUACUAUGCCCUUCACGCUCGACAUGAAAAGAGGGGUGGAGUGUUGUUGUGUUGUGCUCCGUUGCUUUACACUUGGUUCAUGCAACACAUGCCCGAAGAAGGUCCUUUUGUGGUAAAAGAACUUAAGUCUCCUCAGAAAUUAGCUUCUCUCACCGCAAGUUCCAUCAGAUGGUAUAUCCGAGAGUGGGAAACCCCAAACAUUAUAGGUUGCAUCAACUAUAAUCCUAUGUUAUCUCGAUUACAACACGGUUACCCCAUGGAUGGUCCUCCUGACGCAAAGGACUUACAGCCAUUUGUGCUCUCUGACAUCCAAGCAAGCAAUCCUGAUGUAAGAGCAGUACGAAAGGCUUGGUUAAAGGUUGUAAGAAUGGGUAAAGAGUUUGGAAAGAGAAAUAUUCUUGCCAAAGAACCUUACACGCAAUGGGUGAAAGAAAGAGUUGAGAAAAUCCAGUUGCCAUAUAUCUUAAAGGCUCCAGCUUUUCCUAAAACUCUUGAGCCCGAGCCUAUACUCCCUGAGGACAUGGAGAAACUCGUUACUAAGGUUAAAGAGCUCGAAGUGGAGAAUGCCGAAUUACGAAUUCAGAUGAACCGAGUUAUCUUGGAAAAUCAGAAUUUGAAAGAGGAACGUAAGGGAAAAGCCCAAGAACUUGAGGAUAGCAACAAGAGAGCUAGGCUUUUGGAAGACCAGAAAGAUGAUCUUGAUCAUAUCCUAUUGGGUUCCACAUCAGUGAUCCGAACCAGGAAGGAGGAGCUCAAGAAAGCUGAGUAUAGGAUCUGUGAGCUAGGGAGAUUGUUGGAUAAAUCUCUUAUGGAUAAAAAGGAAAUUAAGCUUGACUUUGAGGCACAGAUCCGUGACUUAAGGGACGCUCUGAAGAAGUGCGAGGAAAAGUUAUCUCGCGAGAUCCUCCAAAAGGAAGAAGCUGAAAGAAACUGUCACCAUCUCAGGUACCAGUUAGAAGAAGCUACUAGGAGGUUCGCAGUUUUGGAGAGCCAAGAAGGUGACGCGGCCUAUUUACUCCUGAAGAACGAUUGUGUGUACUGGAAGAGGUUGUACAGAGAAGCUAGAGCAACCUUAGAUGAAGAUCAAAAGGUCAUCCAGAAACUCUAA